CCCACGCCGGGUAGGGCCGCUGUGCACUGUUUUUGUGCCUGCAUGUAUUGUGUGAACCACGAGGGAACGUGUGUUUGUGUGGUGCAAGGUGUGUGUGUGUUUGUGUACGCGUCGAAAACGCCCCCACGUGCCAGAUUUUCAAACCUAACGUCAGGAGAUGCAUGUUCCCCGUCCCGUGCUGCCCUCAGGCGGCGUGCCCGGCGUAUUCCCAGUGGGCCAGGGCACGGGCGUGCCUCGCUGUGGCCUGGCGGCGCAGCCUGGGGUGCUGGGGACCUUGCGGCGGGGAAAUAUGGAGUGUAAAGUCCCACUUGUUGAGCUGGGGCGGCGCGGGCGGCACUUCUGUUUUGAAUGAACGUGGCGGCGUGAGGCGGGCAGGGGAUUGGCUGCGUGGCGGCCCCGGCGGCUGGCUGGACCAAUGGUAGGGGCGGGGCCGGGCGGGCGUGGGGAGUUUGAAAGGCGCGGCGCGGCAGAGUCAGUGUGUGUGGUGCCCCGCCGACGAGUGGCGGCGUGUCGCGGUGAGCGGUGUGCAGUGUGUGUGAGGAUGGCGGCCAGCUCCACCGAUGCCUUCAGCGCGCCGCAGCAGCAGCUGGGCGCCAACAUGCAGCUGUAUACCAACUACUCCCUGGUGUCCGUGACCACGGGCGGCGCCUUCUGGCCCGGGGAGGACUCAGCCUCGCCCCCUGCCUCGGACCACAACACCUGGGAGGUGGACGAGGAGGAGGCCGUCAAGAGGCGCAUCUACGAACUCAAGAGACAAUUCCACAACGGACGAUACCUUUUGGUGCGGCACCUCCCACGCGACGCCUCAGAGCAGGAGGUGCGGGAGCUUCUAUCAGGCUACCUCGUGCAUAGUGUCCAGUUGCAGCCUUCCAGCGGGUCCGCCAGAGUCCUCCUAGCCGAGCCUGAGGUCCUUGAAACAUGGUCGAGGUCUCAACACACGCUAAGAGGCCACAAAGUCACCAUUUCGCCCUCUAACACUGAAGGCCUCCUGUGUGUGGCGAGGCUCCCCCAUGAUUUUAGUGAAGAAGACUUUGCUAAUCUUGCAGGGUCGCUGGGUCAAGUAACCUAUUGCUUCCUAAUGCGAUCUGAGAAGACAGGUGACAGCAAGGGGUACGGCUUCAUAGAGUACGCCAGCAAGGAAUUAGCAUUGCAGGCCAAGGCAUUACUAGACGGGCGAGAGGUGAGAGACUGUGUGCUGGUGUGUGACUGGCUGGACCCUUCGCACGUCACCUUCGCCUCACUGCACUCCACCUGUCUCUACGUGGACCGACUGCCGAGGAACUACAGAGACAUGGGCGAGUUUAGAAGGAUUUUUAGCAAGGUGACCAAUCCGCCUUAUUGCCAGAUUGCUAUGAAGAACGGCGCCCUGCAAGAUUGGGGCCUUGUGGAGUUCCUGGAGGCGGAGGACGCAGAGGAGACGGUCUACUGCCUCAAUAACUACAAGAUCCGCGGCCACAGCAUCAGGGUCCAGUACUGUGUGCCCGGCGUGAGGGCUAUCAAUAUUUACAUGAAGAUUCUCAAUGAUCCAGGUGGAAAGAAGCGGAGUGCAUUGUUACCAGAACCGCCAGCCAACAAAGUCUUCUCACAGCUCCAGAAUUUGACGAAACACAACCCCGCGUUCGCCACCAGCCUGCAGAACAUCAUCCUCACUCAGAUCCAGAACCUGACUGGAGCCCGGCCUGAUGCAGGGCCUCCCCCACCGCAGGGACCCCCCCGAGGACCACGGCCCCCUCCCGCAGCCAGACCACCCCCUCCUCCUCCUCCCCCAACCUCCACCUCCCCUACCCCUGCCCCAGUCGGUCUAAACAGCAACGCACAGGCUGCCCUGGUCAUCCUGCUGGCGGCACAGAUGCAAAUGCAGCAGCAGCAACAGCAGCAGCAGCAGCAACAGCAGGAGGCACAGCAGCAGCAGACCAAUAACCUGCUGGCAAGUCCUCAUGUUCUCAAUCUCCUCCAGACUUUAGUACAGCAAGGAGACCCCCACCAGACCCCAACCCAGUCACCAAAUCAGCCCUCCCUCCCCCCCAAUCAGCCCCCACCCCAGCCCCAGCCCCCAACAGACCCCAGGGGCAGCUUCCCAGGCAAACAGCACACACAGAAUGGAAACGCUGCAGCCAACAACAACAACAACAUCAACAAGGGUGGAUACAGAAAUGGAUACAAGAAUGGAGUCUCAAAAUCAAAGAUGCCACUUCUCCCCACGCCUGCCUCUGGAGGAAAUUAUGGAGGAGGCUCAUGGGAAGAAGGAGGUGGUGGCGGCAAUGGUGGUGGCAAUGGUGGAGGUGGUGGUGAGGCUGAGGGAGGGCUGGCACCACUACUGUCCGGCCUGCUCACCAGCCUGCCGGGACUGUCAGGCCAGAAGACAGUGAAGGAGGACUUGCAAGGGACUAUUUCCACUCUGCUCUCCAAUGCACAUAGUCUUCAGCAACUUCUCGGCACUCUAACAGCCCCACAGCCCCCUGCCGGCCCCCCUGUCAGCCUAGGUCACCCCGCCAUGGCUGUUUCUAUCCCCCCUCCACAUGUGGCAACCUCCGCUCCACUACAACACCCCCCAGCAAACCCUCUUAUGUCGAUGUUGCUGACAGCUGCCACUGGCCCCCCAAAACCUUCUCUUCUGGGUGACGGCCCCCUCCACCCCGAUGCCUACCUCCACCCACAUCUCCACCCUCCCCCAAUGGACCAGCCCCCACAUCUAGCCCCUCCCCCACUUGAGCAGCCCCCUCCUCCUAUUUCCUCAGCCCCGGCUUUCCUCUUUGCCUCACCCGUGUCCUCCCGUGUUGGCCCUGCCUGGUCACCCCCACCCAUGCCUCCUCCACCCCCAGCUCUAUUGCACCCAGCCCCACUGCCCCACCCCGCCUCACUGCCACACUCCCGGUUCAUCAGCCCCGUUUACCUCACCCCGACAAAGGCUAUGGGGCCGCCGCUGCACCCCAUGGGGCCUGCAGGGGGCUUCAUUACACCCGUGGGGCAGAAACGGAAGUCCAAUCACAUCCUGCCCUCACCAGAACCCAGCCCCGAAAAUGGCUAUGUGGGGCAGCACUCCCAGGGGCUCGGGGGCCACUAUGCUGACUCCUACCUCGUCAAGAAACUGAAGAAGCACUGAGCGGGGCAUUUGGGGUGUUAAUUGUCUUGGGGCGAGGGUGAUUGGUUUAGUGGGGCAGCUGAGAUAGAGGUUGACGGUGCAGUGACUGGCGAUAUUAACCCCUUGAACACUGGGAAGCAUUUCUACCUUAUUUGUGUAUGAUUGGGCCAUUUUAUUGACAUUAGGAAGGGUCUAUGGAGGGCAGAAGAUUAAUGGCCACAUUCUUCACUAUUCUGAUCCCCCACAUGAGUUUCUAAAACUGUGUAAAUUCAC